AAAUGUAUACUUCCGCGAAAUACCCAAUUAAUACAUUGGAUAUCCUAUCUCCGUUGCGGCACUAUUUUCUAUCGCGAUGUUUGUAUUGCCGAUCUAUAGCGCCCUCUAUCGGUUUUGUAUCUAGCUAUCUAUAUAAAGUGGCGCCUCCCUCUCCCUACUAAGUUAUAGUAGGCCUAUAUUAUUAAUUAGUUAUUACUUGACCUAGGCCCUAGGAAUAAUCAUUGUAACUGUUUUGCAUUUUGGUGAUUUCAGCAAGCAAUGCAUGUAUCCUACAAAUAGAAGAUUACACAAUGUGUAUGUAGUAGAGUAGUACAGAUAUAUCAGGCCAAGGCCAUCGCCACUUGAUAAGUCUGAAAUUUCAAAGAUGGAUGAGGAAGUAGAGGUGUCACCGGAGGGUCUACCAAUGAUGGAAGAGGAAACCAAAUAUACAUCAGAAAGAAUUAAUGUGUUAGAAGAAGAGCUGCAAAAGGAGAGAGAACUCAGAAAAGAUUUGGAGGACCGCAAUGGGAAACUGAGAUUCACGAUUGCUGAACUUCAAAAGGAGCUUACAUCUUGGAAGGAAGGUAAAGGUGGGGUUGAUGUGGCCAUACAGACCAGUGAGGAGGAAGCAACAGGACUGAACAGUAGCAUUGGUGACACCAGAAUCCCAGAGAAGAUAGACAAAGAUCAUCCAGUUCCUGACGAAGCUCAUUCGAUAGCAGAUAGCCUCCGCGAUGCAGCAGAAGCCGCAAUGACGCACUCUGGCUUUGUGUAUGAUGAAAACUCGGGGUUGUAUUAUGACUAUUCAUCUGGGUAUUACUAUAAUCCUGAAAAUCACCUUUACUAUGAUACCAAAACUGGAAUAUACUAUUACUUCAAUGAAACUAGCAAUGCAUAUGAGUUCCAUUCCCAAGUGGAAAUGCCGGACCAAUCUCAAACCUGGCAGCAGGAGACAGAGGAGACGGAGGGGAAAAAUUAUAACAGAAGAAAAAAAUACAGGGAGAACAGGAGGAAAGAUGUCAAGGAAAAGUACCGGCACAAAAAUGAAAAGAGUAAUCAGGAAGAGAUACAUGAUCGCAGACGAGAAAAGUAUGAUCGCAGGGAAAGAAAGCAUUAUCGCAGAGAAGAAAUGCACGAUCACAGGGAAAAGCGAAGAAAUGACAAAAGGGUAGGUCAAAGUGAAUACCGUCGUAGGGAUGAAAAACGAGAUAAAACUCAUGAAAUUACUAAGCACAGAAAAGACAAAAAGUAUGGAAAGAGCAGAUAUGAAAAUGUUUAUUCAAGUUCAGAUGAAGAGAUGAUGAAGCGUAAACAUAGCCACAAAAUGGAUGGUAAAGCAAAAAGAAAAGAUAAAAAAGGUUGUUACCUUAAACAUGAAAAGGAUGCUAGUAAACGUUUGAAAAUGGAUAAAUACAUGAGUUCCGGAGAAGAUGAGAAACAGUUUAAGACAGAUAACAAUAAAAGGGACAGAACUUCCAAGGAUAAAACGUCAGUUAGAACUCGUAAAAAUAAUUCUGGAAAAAGUGGAAAAUAUAUUGACAUCAUUGUUAUAAGUUCAGAUGGAUCUGAGAUCGAGGAAGGGGAAAUCGGAGACGUUGAAGACAUUGAGGAUGGAGAGAUUCCAUCUAACUCACCUAGUAGGGAUUCCUCUGAAAGGAGUUCUCUCUCGGACAUCUCUACUGAUUCAAUGAAAGAUACUUCUGGAGAACUGGAGAAUGAGAAUGAGGAGGAAGAGAUGGAGGAAGAAAUACAACAAGUGAAUCGUCGUGAAUACCCACCAUGCAUCAGGAUGAUUGUAACAAAGUCGGAGAGUAUUCCGCCUGGAAGUUUGUAUAUAAUAACAUGUAUGGGAGGUAGCAUAGGGAGAGAGGGCAGUGAGCAUGCAGUUGUUAUUCCAGAAACAGGGGUUAGCAAACGACAUGCUGACAUUUACUACUCACAGGAAUCGUGGCAAUAUUUUAUCAGGGACUUAGGGAGUCAAAAUGGUACCCUCAUCAACUCAAAAAGCUUAUCCCAGCCUCGCACUGAGAGUGAAUCUCACAGUCUCUCACACAAGGACUACUUGACCAUCGGCGGGACAGUGCUGCGGUUACACAUUCAUCCUGGAGCUGAAACGUGCGAUGACUGUGAACCAGGCCAAGUGCAGGCACUGCUUGCUCAGAAUCAACCAAAAGCUUCUGUGACGAUAUCUGCUGACAAGGAGCAACAACGACGUAAAGGACUUAAGGAGAUAAGGAAAAAAUAUGGGCUAGCUAAAGACAACUAUGUGGAAAAGAACCCAUCCACAUGUAAUCCAUUGUACAAAGACAGAGCAGAGGGUCGUCGCAAGACUGUUGGUAGCGAUAAUCCACACCAGAAAGAUGAUGCACCAUCAUCAGUUGACAGGGAAAUUGCCUCAGAUAAUCUUGGUAGGAAGAUGAUGGAGAAAAUGGGUUGGAAGUCUGGAGACACCCUUGGCAAGGAUAACACUGGGAUCAAAGAGCCUAUAAAUGUGCUUUCCAAUAAUAAACGUGCUGGUCUAGGGGGUCAGGCACAGCGCACAAUCUCCGACCUUGCACAAGGGAGCUUAGCAUCAGAAAAAUGGGACAAGGCUCGAGCAAGAUACGAUGCCAUAGCAGGAGGAGCAAAAACAGAAAUCGACCAAGAAAAGAUUAUGGAAAUUGGCAAAGGCUCAGCACAAUCAAAAGUGAAAAGUAUACAGAUGAAUUGGACAAGUGGAGGAAUUAUGAAGCCACAAAUUAAAAAAGAAAAUAUAUUUGGAAUUGAUGAGGAGGAGGAGGAAGAAGCAGAGGAUGGUCCAGUCAGUUAGGUUACCAUAGUGACCGUGGAUGAUGUCAUCAAUAUACUGUAGAUGAUGAACGCAUUUGAAGUUUUACAUCAUAAUUAUCAGUCAUCAUCAUAAGUCUAUAAAAGUGCUUUAACUACUGUACAUAUUUUCAUUUUUUUAACAUACUGUACAAAAGUAUUGUGAAAUAAAAUAUCCAGUAUUCGGCA